UUAAUUGUAUCAGGAUCGAAACAGCAUUUUGUGUUGCAAAUAGAAUUGUAGCUAUCUGAACACUAUUUAAUUUCAUUUGUAAGACUGAAGCCUUUCAAAUACGUUUCUGUAAACGAAUUACCAUCAAACUAAUAGUAACUAGCACAUUUAUAGCAAGCUGUGCUAACUGAAUUGUGUCAUGCUUUAUGUUUCACAAUACUUGCUUACCACUCUGUAGCUCAGUCAAUUUACUCGCGCGCUAUUGUUGCCUUCAUUCCCUCCCCAGCGCGUGUGUGUAAAGUAUGGAGAUUGAGGGGAGAGAUUUCAUGAACACUCCCCCCUUGAAGACGGUGCGGUUUGGGGGAAAUGUUGUUGCCACGUUAGCGAAAUUCAAACAGGGAGACACCAGUGACUAUGAGUUGUUGAAACAUCAGCUGGCAGAUCCAGAUAUCAAGGAUGCCCAAAUCAUCAACUGGCUGCAGGAGUUCCGGAAUUGUGUGACACAACUCAGCAAAGACCAUGAGCAGCUGAUCUAUGUGGCUCUGAGGCUGCCGUGGCUGGGCCGAAGCCCUGCCGUAGUGGAGGAGUAUCUGUCUUUCCUCGGUAACCUGGUAUCUGCCCAGACGGUCUACCUCCGGGCCUGCCUCAAGAUGGUGGUCUCCAACUUCAAACCCAAGAGAGUGAAGAUCUGUGAGGGAGGAGUGGACAUCUCUGACUCGGAUGAUGACGAUGAAAACCUUCCAAGAAGUUUUGACCAGUGUCACCAGGCCCUGCAGCUGAUUGGCAGAUAUGUCCCAUCCACCAGCUGUUUCCUGAUGCCCAUUCUGAUUGACAACUUUCCUUUUGUGCAGAAAUCUUCCAGAACCCUGGAGUGUUAUGUCCAUAACCUUCUGCGGGUGGCGGUUUACAUCCCCUCUCUACGACGAGACAUCCUGGAACUCAUCAUCAGUAGGAUGCUCAAACUGGACGUGAGUGCUCCCCGGGGAGAGAUAGAGGAGGUGGAGGAGAAUGCUGUGCAGCAGGAGUUGAAAGGAGAGCAGGAGGAGGAGGGCCUCUUUGACAUGGAUGAGGAUGUCUGUUCAGUGAAGUCCAGUCCAGCAGGGACCAAUGUGAUGGUCCACCCUGUCGCUGAGAGACUGGACACUCUCAUGGUUGUGCUGCUGGCCUUCAUCAAGGACAUGUGCCAUGUCAACAGUUGUCUGGAUGUGGAGCGGACUAAGGAUCUGUACAAGGACCUGGUGUGUGUGUUUGAUAAACUUAUCCUACCUACACACGCCUCCUGUCACGUCCAAUACGCCCUCUUCUACCUCUGCAGCUUCAGACUGGCUCUGGCAGAGGCGUUUCUGGAACACCUGUGGAGGUUACUGCAGAGCACGUCUCACCCGGCAGUACUGCGCCAAUCUGCCGCUGGCUACAUGGGUAGCUUCCUGGCCCGUGCCAACUUCCUUGCCCGUUGCAUUCUCUGCCUGUCCUGCAGUACGGUACAUGCGUGUCUGGACCUGCGUCCCUGGCUCCACCUAUACAUAGACAGCCAGGACUCUGGCUCCCGGGCCUACUGUGACAUCACGCUACACGGGCCCUUCUACAACGCCUGCCAGGCUGUCUUCUACACACUCAUCUUCAGACACAGGAGCAUCCUGGAGGGCAACAUGAAGAAAGGGCUGGCGUACCUGCAGAGUCUGAACCUAGAGAGGAUAGUGAUGUGUCAGCUCAACCCUCUGAAGGUCUGCCUGCCUGCCGUCACCAACAUGUUUGCUGCCAUCACCAGAAAGUACCAGUUGGUGUUCUGUUACACCAUCAUCGAGAGGAACAACCGCCAUGUUCUCCCCGUGGUCCGCAGCUGUGGGGGUGACUGUGUGUCCACCAACACCAACCCCCUGGACAGUUUCUUCCCCUUUGACCCCUACGUGCUCAAGAGGUCAAGUAAACUCAUCGAGCCCCUUUACCAGGUGUGGGAGGAGCCAGCAGACACUGAGGUGGACACAGUCACCACCAAGAGAGUCAGACCGUGUUCGGAUGCAGAUGAGGAUGACUUCCUGCGAGGGGAGACGCCGGAGACAAAGGGGGUGAUGGGUAUGACCCCUGGCUCGUAUGAGUCACACCUCCACAGCCCCAGCAGUGUGGGCUCGCCGCCCAUCUCCUUCCUACAGAGACCCUUCUGACACCCCUGUAUUUAACAUGGACUCAUCCACAACCCCCUGAAAAAUGAACUAUUCCACAACCCUGAGCGCC